AUGGUGAAGCUAACAGCUGAUUUGAUCUGGAACAGUCCUCACUUCUUCAACGCCAUCAAGGAGCGAGAGUUGGAGCUACGAGGUAACAAGAUUCCUGUAAUCGAGAAUUUGGGUGCUACUGAGGACCAGUUCGAUACAAUAGAUCUGUCUGAUAAUGAGAUAGUUAAGCUAGAAAAUUUUCCACUUCUCAACCGGUUAGGGACUCUGAUUGUAAAUAACAAUCGGAUUACUCGGAUAAAUCCUAACAUUGGAGAGUUUUUACCAAAGCUGCAUACUUUGGUUCUUACGAACAACAGGCUGGUGAAUUUGGUUGAGAUUGAUCCACUUGCCUCUAUUCCAAAGCUUCAGUACCUUAGUUUAUUGGAUAAUAAUAUCACCAAAAAGCCGAAUUAUCGGCUUUAUGUGAUUCACAAGCUUAAAUCACUUCGAGUGCUGGAUUUCAUUAAAGUCAAAGCCAAGGAAAGAGCUGAAGCUGCGGCUUUGUUUUCAUCUAAGGAAGCAGAAGAAGAGGUUCAGAAGGUAUCUCAGGAGGUGGUUCAAAAAGUGUCUGAUACUACUGAAGAAUCAGAGACUCCAAAAGUCGUGGCCCCGACACCGGAGCAAAUUUUAGCAAUCAAGGCUGCAAUUAUCAACUCCCAGACGAUAGAAGAAAUUGCCAGACUCGAACAGGCUUUGAAGUUUGGCCAGGUUCCUGCAGGCCUUAUAGUUCCUGAUCCUGUUCAUUCCAACGUGGCCACAAAAGACGGGAAGCCUGCUUCAGGUGUUAAUGACGGUUCUGAUCCUAUGGAGGUAAAUACCUGA